UUUUUAUUUUCAUUAUUCAUAAGGAGUGCCAAGUUUAUGGACGAGCUAUACGAUCUUUCUCAUAACGACUAUUGUGUUAGCAUAGGUUUCGACGAAGACUAUCUGUAUUCUCGCAGUUUUGACAGUGGGAGCAAACAAGGAGUUUCACCGUUUCAAAACAUACAACAAAGGGCGUCUGGAUUAUUUGAUAUCGGCAGUAAAAAGGUUUUGGCUCUCGGAGUAGAAGCUGAAAAACGCAAAUGUGAAGAUAAUCAGAAAAACAUAUUCUAUACGAACAAUAUUUUCUUGGAACUUUAUAACAAUUAUUUAAAGAGAAGGUUUAAAUCCUGUAAGCCUGCUUUAUCUGAAGCGAACGAUCAAGCUAGUUGUGCAGAUGAUACGUAUGAAAUGCUCGUGCAAGAGGGAGUAAAAAGAUCUUUGCAACAUCUUCAAAAAUGCGACCCAUCAGCUUUAAUACGUGUAAAAACCGAUCCAGAUAUGCAGUGUCACUAUGCGAUUACUCUUCCAACCAUAUGGGAGAUAGAAGUACGAGAAGAAUUGAUUCGUCCACUUUUUAUUGAAGCUGGAUUAAUUGCCAAACAUGAUCCUCCCAGCAGAUUACUCUUUUACAGUCAGCUUGAAUCCGAUUUUAGGUAUAUACAGUCUUUGGACUCGGAUGAAUGUUUAAAGAUAAAUUCUACUAUAAAAAAUGGGCAACAAUAUAUCAUGUGCGAAUUGAAGUUAACACAAAACGAACUGCUUGUCAAUGUUGAUCUGUUUUCCGCUCAUUAUCCCCCCCCCAUAACGACAUCAACUGACGACAGUUUCAAAGUAAAACUAUUAGAGUCAACUUCUUUUGAUAUUGCUCUUGAUCUUGAAAUAAAGCAAAGUAUAGAAAAAGAGUUUAAAGAAUAUGGAUUUGCUAUACGGACAGAUGGAAACAUGGGAUUUUUCAUGCCCAAGAUAUAUUCCAACUCAUAUGAUUUUACCAUUACAAGUUCGUAUGACAAGAUUCAUAAUUCAAUUGAAUGGAGCGCUUGUUUAAGACAUGAUGGAGCAAUAGCCGUAAUGAAGAGUUGCAUGGUAAACAGUUAUAAGAAAAUGUCCGACUAUAUCCUGAAGAUUUUUCUGGAUAAAAUGACAAAUUUACCACAACACACAGGCAGUAGUGAGCGUGAAGUAAUUUUAAAGCUUCGGGAUAGCCAGUUUACGGAAGCAGAUGGAUUUGAUCAUCAAUUACUGUUGGAUAACUUGAGAAAAGAAUUCAGGGACUUGUGUGAGAAUUCGCUGCAUUGCAAAAUUAUGACGUUUGGAUAUUACUCAAAACAUGGCACGUUUAUUGAAAUGAACGAUACACUUUUCGGAAGUACAUUGCAGAUACAGUAUCAGCUGGAGAUUUUGAAUUCACAGAAACCGCCCAUGAUCAUGCCUGAAAACAAAAAAGUGAUUCGUUCACUAUCUUUAGUUGAGUAUCCCAGGAAAGAUAUCGUAAUUGAUUUAGUUAUAUCAUUUAAUUCGGUUUGCUUUACGUUUUCAUCGGGAAAAAAUUGUAAUCAUAUUGAGACCUUUAAAUAUAGUAAAUGCAACGUUUAUCCUCUAAAUACCUUCUUCGUGCAAAAAGAAUUAUACCAAUAUCCAUUACUCAAAAUUGAUGAAAGGUUAAAAACAUUCCUGGAUAAGCAAUUUAAGAUAUACUUAAAUUAUAAAGAUACCCUUAAAAAAUCAGAAAAAAAGAAAAGUUUCAUACUUCCGAGUUUUAUUGACAAAUUAAAAAGAAAAGCUUAUAACCUUGUUGGCUCAUCAUUGGAACUAAAUCAAGAACAAAUCCAGGAAAAAGAUGAUUGGUAUAACGAAGAACCAGCAUUAUCUAUUAGACAUAUUUUUUCCACCACGAACAAGUUAGACGUCUUUUUUUCAAAAUCCAGUGUUACGUCUACAUCCGAAAAUGUCGAUCAAAAGCAUAUUCUCAUUCGUCAAAGAGAAUACAUUCAAAUUUUCUUGAUUAUAUACCUAGUUUAUCUCGAGAAUCUGGCAAAAAAGCAAGUAAAAGCAGACCUUAGCUAUAAAGAAAACGUGGAAAAGUUUGAAUGUGUUAUGUCCAUAAAAAAAUCUCUCCAAAACAAAAUGCUUGGUCCAGGUGAUACUUUAAAAGAAAUCUUUACCGAAGGUGUUCUAGCGACAAAGAAUAAUGCAAAUCAAAAGACAAGAAUCACAACUCAAGGAGAAAAUAUUCUUCCUGCAAUUCAAGACAAGUUGGGUAUAAGUCUUGGGCUCAAGACUUUCUUUGUUGUAGCACAAAUACAAGCAAACUAUGUUCAGCUUACCUUACACCAAGUUGUAAGGACUGCGACAGAGGAAGAAAACGCAUGUACAAUAAUAGUUCAUGACGAAAUAAUUCAUACUGACAAUGUGUACGAAAGCCUAUGUAAAAAUAUUUGGUGCCAUGUUCAAGCAGAUAAGGAAUCCAAAGACUGUUUCUCACACAUGGUAAAAGGAUGUUCGAUUCAUGAUUUUCACUUGUCAAAGGAUUACAAACACGUAAUUUCAAUAUUGAAGCAACAUAUCUCUAAAGUUCUCACAUCCAAAGAAAUCAGCAUAGAUAUGGAUUUUCAAAGCGAGAUAAAAAUAGAUCCUUCUACGUGUGCUUGCAGCUUACACAUUUCUCUCCGCAAUAUCUUUCAUAUUGGCAUAAAACCAACGAUACAACAUGUUACCACAAUCAUUGCAUCCUCACUAGUAAAUACAAGUUUAUUUGGAAACUACAACGUAGAUUAUAUCUUUGGUUUGGGGAACAUUUACGACAUGUCGAGCAACUACCCACUCCAUCAAGCAUACACUAAGACGUUAAAUAAUUUUAUUGCAGCUAGUAUCGAAUCGAAAGGAAAAGAUACUCAAGGUUACUUUUUUAAGGAGUCACUUAACCAACUAUUACAACAGACACAUGGAAAUAUCCCACGUCAUGAGAAGCUUUACCAGGUAUAUGACGAGUCCUAUGGUAUUUAUAUCAAAGAUAUAUAUCCUUAUCAAAUAGACAACGAUCUUUAUUUAUCGUACACAAGCCCCCAAAGCGGUAAAAAGGUGAACUUGCAUGAGGGGUUUGCCGCAGUAGUAAUACAAAAAGGGCAACAAAUACUUAAUACUGGUUUCAGCAUACAAUUCAACCUGGAAAACAUGGAUUGGAACCCGUACAGAUACAAAAUAUAUAAUUUGAGUUUAGUUUUUGUAAAAAUCAAAAAUCUUGAUCACACCAAGUCAAAGGAUGUUCUUUCUCUGGAAGGUCUUUGCUAUGACCCUAUAUGUGCUGUUAAAUUGAGCAACGAGGAACUGACCCCAGGUUCUGCCGUUCAAAUGGAAUUCAAGUACAAUCAUUAUAAUUCUUCUCUUCGGGUCGCCUUAAAGAAACAUGGCGAUGGUUAUGACUAUCAGGACAAGUAUAAAUGCGCCGUCUUAACAAAACAUUUAACGGUCGCCUACUUUUAGACUGUAUUAUCAAGCAUUUUUGCGAUAAAUUACAGCAAAUAAUGAAUAAAGUGAAAGUUGUUUGUUUUUAC